AUGGGAGCCACUUCUCCGAGGAGCCAGGCGCCUCUCCUGCCGCCAGCGUUCCCUGCCUUCUGUCCCGGAGGAGCCCUCCUGGGGGUCCUGGUGCUGCUUGCGCUGCCGGCGGCCUGGGGUCAAUGCCAAUCCCCGGUGCACCUUACAUUCGCCAUGCCUACAGAACUGAUUGAGAAAGAUGAGUUUCCUGUUGGGACAUCUUUGAAGUAUAAAUGCCGCCUUGGUUACUACAGAAGAGUGUUCUCUAUCACCUGCCUGCAAAACUCUGUCUGGUCAAGCCCUGAAAACAACUGUAGGCGUAAAUCAUGUGGAUCCCUUCCAGAGCUCAUAAAUGGCAAAAUGGACUUCAACAAAGACACCCAGUUUGGAUCAACUGUUAAUUAUUUUUGUAAUGAAGGAUACCGACUCAUCGGUAAAUCCUCUGCUGCAUGCAUCAUCUCUGGCAACUCUGUCACCUGGGAUAAUGACCCACCUAUUUGUGAGAGCAUUCCUUGUGGGCCACCCCCAGCCAUCACCAAUGGAGAUUUCAUUAGCACCGACAGAGAAUACUUUCCGUACGGAACAGUGGUGACCUAUCGCUGCAAUCUUGGAGAGAGAAGGCAGAAGCUGUUUGACCUUGUGGGUGAGCCGUCAAUAUAUUGCACCAGUGAAGACAAUCAAGUUGGCAUCUGGAGUGGCCCUCCCCCUCAGUGCAUUACACCUAAUAAAUGCACGCCUCCAGUCAUUGAAAAUGGAAUAAGGAUGUCUGAGAACAAAAGCUUAUUUUCUUUACGUGAAAGCGUGAGGUUUAGGUGUCAGCCCGGCUUUGCCAUGAAAGGACCCUCCACUGUUGAAUGCCAGGCCCAAAACAAGUGGGGACCGGAGUUGCCCAGCUGCUCCAGGGUAUGUCAGCCACCUCCAAAAGUCCUGCAUGGUAAACACACCACCCCAAGCCACAAGAACAACUUUUCUCCUGGGCAGGAAGUGUUCUACAGCUGUGAGCCUGGCUAUGAUCUCAGAGGGGCUGCUUCUCUGCAUUGUACGCCCCAGGGAGACUGGAGCCCGUCAGCCCCCAAAUGUGCAGUGAAAUCAUGUGCUGCCUUCCUGGACCAGUUACCUAAUGGACAUGUACUCUUUCCAAUUAAUUUUCAGCUUGGAGCAAAAGUAUCCUUCGUUUGUGAUGAGGGAUUCCAAUUAAAAGGCAGUUCUGCUAGUUACUGUGUCUUGGUUGGAAUGGAAAGCCUUUGGAACAGCAGCGUUCCUGUGUGUGAACAAAUCUUGUGUCCAAAUCCUCCUGAUAUCCUUAAUGGGAGACACACAGGAAAACCUCUGGAAGUCUUUCCUUUUGGAAAAGAAGUCACUUACACAUGUGACCCGCACCCAGAGAGAGGGAUGAUCUUCAGACUCACUGGGGAGAGCACCAUCCGCUGUACCAGUGACAGUCAAGGGAACGGAGUUUGGAGCAGCCUCGCCCCUCGCUGUGGACUUCCAGGUCACUGUAACACACCAGAUCAUUUUCAAUUUGCCAAGUUGAAAAUCCAGACCAAUGAAUCUGAGUUUCCCAUUGGGACAUCUUUAAAGUAUGAAUGCCGCCCUGAGUACCACAGGAAGUCAUUCUCUAUCACGUGUCUACAAAACCUCAUGUGGUCAAGUGCCAAAGAUGUCUGUAAACGUAAAUCAUGUAAAACUCCUCCAGACCCUGUGAAUGGUGUGGUGCACAUAGAUACAGACACCCAGUUCGGACCCAGAAUCAAGUUUUCUUGUAAUAGAGGGUAUCAACUCAUUGGUCACUCCGCUGCUGAAUGUAUUAUCUCAGGCAAUACUGUCUUUUGGGAUUCAGAGCCACCAAUUUGUGAACGCAUUCCUUGUGGGCCACCCCCAGCCAUCACCAAUGGAGAUUUCAUUAGCACCGACAGAGAAUACUUUCCGUACGGAACAGUGGUGACCUAUCGCUGCAAUCUUGGAGAGAGAAGGCAGAAGCUGUUUGACCUCGUGGGUGAGCCGUCAAUAUAUUGCACCAGUGAAGACAAUCAAGUUGGCAUCUGGAGUGGCCCUCCCCCUCAGUGCAUUACACCUAAUAAAUGCACGCCUCCAGUCAUUGAAAAUGGAAUAAGGAUGUCUGAGAACAAAAGCUUAUUUUCUUUACGUGAAAGCGUGAGGUUUAGGUGUCAGCCCGGCUUUGCCAUGAAAGGACCCUCCACUGUUGAAUGCCAGGCCCAAAACAAGUGGGGACCGGAGUUGCCCAGCUGCUCCAGGGUAUGUCAGCCACCUUCAGAAGUCCUACAUGGUAAACACACUCCAAGCCACAAGAACAACUUUUCCUCUGGGCAGGAAGUGUUCUACAGCUGUGAGCCCGGCUAUGAUCUCAGAGGGGCUGCUUCUCUGCACUGUAUGCCCCAGGGAGACUGGAGCCCGGAAGCUCCCAGAUGUGCAGUGAAAUCAUGUGCUGACUUCCUGGACCAACUUCCUAAUGGACAUGUGCUCUUUCCACUUAAUUUCCACCUUGGGGCAAAAGUGUCCUUCGUUUGUGAUGAGGGGUUCCAGUUAAAGGGAAGCUCAGCCAGUUACUGUAUCUUGGUUGGAACGAAAAGCCUUUGGAAUAACAGUGUUCCUGUGUGUGAACAAAUCUUUUGUCCAAAUCUGCUGACUAUCCUUAACGGGAACCACACAGGAACUUCUCUGGGAGGCAUUUCCUGUGGAAAAGAAAUAUCUUGCACAUGUGACCCCCACCCAGACAGAGGGAUGACUUUCAAUCUCUUUAGGGAGAGCACCAUCCACUGCACAAGUGACAGUCAAGGGAGUGAGGUUUGGAGCAUCCCUGACCCUCACUGUGAACUUUCUGGUUCUGUUGGUCAUUGUAAAGCCCCUAAACAGUUUUCAUUUACAAAGCCUACAGUCCUGACUGAUGAAUCUGAGUUUCCAGUUGGGACAUCUUUGAAUUAUGAAUGCUUCCUUGGGUAUUUUGAAAAUAUGUUCUCCAUCACCUGCUUAGAAAACUUGGUCUCGUCAAGUGCCAAGAUAUUUAGAGAUAUGAGAAAAUCAUGUGGAAAACCUCCAGAACCCUUCAAUGGCAUGGUGCAUAUAAACACAGAUACGCAGUUUGGAUCAACAGUUAAUUAUUCAUGUAAUAAAGGGUAUCGACUCAUUGGUUCCCCUUCUGCUACUUGUCUCCUCUCAGGCAUUGAUGUCACUUGGGAUAAGAAGGCACCUAUUUGUGAGAGUAUACAUUGUGAGCCACCCCCAGCCAUAUCCAAUGGAGACUUCUACAGCAGCAAUAGAAACGUUUAUCAAUAUGCAACAGUGGUAACUUAUCAGUGUCACACUGGGCCAGAUGGAGAAAAGCUGUUUGACCUCGUGGGAGAACAGUCAAUAUACUGUACCAGCAAAGACAAUCAGCUUGGUGUUUGGAGCAGCCUUCCUCCUCAGUGUAUUUCUGCUAAUAAAUGCACAACUCCAGAAGUUGAAAAUGGAAUUAGAGUGUCGGGAAAUAAGAGUUCAGUUUCCUUAAGUGAGAUUGUGAGAUUUAGCUGUCAGCCUGGCUUUGUCAUAAGAGGGUCCAGCACUGUGCAAUGCCGGGCCAACAACACAUGGGUACCUGAGCUGCCAAGCUGCUCCAGAGUGUGUCAACCUCCUCCAGAAAUCCUGCACGGUAAGCACAUCCCAAGCCAUAAGGAUGACUUUUCCUCUGACCAGGAAGUGUUCUACAGCUGUGAGCCUGGCUAUGAUCUCAAAGGGGCUGCUUCUCUGCGCUGUACAUCCCAGGGAGACUGGAGCCCAGAAGCUCCCAGAUGUGCAGUGAAAUCAUGUGCUGACUUCCUGGACCAACUUCCUAAUGGACGUGUGCUCUUUCCACUUAAUUUCCAGCUUGGAGCAAAAGUAUCCUUCAUCUGUAAUGAGGGGUUCCGAUUAAAAGGCAGCUCUGCUUGUCAUUGUGUCUUGGUUGGAAUGAAAAGCCUUUGGAACAGCAGUGUUCCUGUGUGUGAACAAAUCUUUUGUCCAAAUCCUCCAGCUAUCCCUAAUGGAAAACACACAGGAACUUCUCUGGGAGACAUUCCUUAUGGAGAAGAAAUUGUUUACACAUGUGACUCCCACCCAGACAGAAGGAUGACCUUCAGCCUCACUGGGGAGAGCACCAUCCGCUGCACCAGUGACAGUCAAGGAAAUGGGGUUUGGAGUGGCCCUGCCCCUCGCUGUGAACGUUCUGUUCCUGCUGCUUGUCCACAUCCACCCAAGAUCCACAAUGGCCACCACAUUGCAGGACAUGCCUCUCCAUAUCUUCCUGGGAUGACAGUCAACUACACCUGUGACCCAGGCUACAAGAUGGUGGGAAAGGCCUUCAUUUUCUGUACACACCAGGGAACCUGGAGCCUGUGUGAUCUUUAUUGCAAAGAAGUAAAAUGUAGCCUCCCACAGAUUAUGAAUGGAGUCCAGAAGGAACUGAAAAUGAGAAAAGUAUAUCACUCUGGAGAUAAUGUAACUUUGGAGUGUGAAGAUGGGUAUACUCUGGAAGGCAAUCCCUGGAGUCAGUGCCAGGAAGAUGACCUGUGGGACCCUCCUCUGGCCAUAUGUACCUCUCGCACGAGUGAUUAUCUCAUAGUUGGCAUGUUCUUUGGUAUGAUCUUCUUGAUUUUACCCAUCAUUGUUUCCUGUUUGAUAAUUCUAAAGCGCAAAAAAGGGAACAAUACAGAUGAAAACUUGAAAGAAGCAGUUAUCCAUUUGCAUCCCAAAGAAGGCAGUGGUGUCCAUCCUCAUACUCUGCAAACAAAUCAGGAAAAUAUCAGUGUCCUUCCUUGACAAAGUACUAUAAAGCUGGAGAACACCUCCAAUUAAAAUGUUGAUUGGGAAGGAGCCAAUUCAUUUCAACAGAAUAAGAUCUGAGACUCAUAAAAUCUUUGAAGUGACUUCACAGAGAUGCAAAUGUGCACUUGAAGAUGCUGAAGCU